AUGUUUUACGACCUUUUGACAAGAAAUUCCAAUGAAUAUUUCUAUCAAGGUCCGGCAGGUCGAAAAAAAGGUGAAAGAGCUAAACACGAACACGAGGCAGAAGAAAAAGAAUUUAUAAAUUUCUUCUCCCAGCAGCAAAACACCUUUGGGCCGCAAGAAACAAGGCAGAAAUUAGAAAGAGCUGCCAACAAAAUGGCUGUUAAUAAGAAACAACAAACAAUAAUGAUGGCGUCUCAAGAUGAGCGCGAGGAGUCAAAGGAUAAGAAGACGCCAUCGUUAGAGCAAGAAAUGAAUUUGGCUCGAAGGGCAUGUUGGUGCAAUAAUAAUUUGGAUGACUUAAAGGGUCAACAACAACAAGAACAACAAUUAAAACAAAAAUGCUGUGAGAAUUGCUUUAAACGUCUAAAUGAGGACAACAAACACGAUAAUGAUAAUGUAAAUGAAAAGAAAAUUAAUAGUAAAAUGUUUAGUAAUACAAAUACUACCACAACUACAAAUAGUUUAAGUAGAAAGAAAAAUCUUAUAAAUAAGCACAAAAUGGAGCCAGGAAAUGAAACUACAACAAUUUCCUCUUCCUCUUCUACAAAAUCCAAAGAUGCUGCUAAUAAUUCCUCUGUCUCUGACUCUGCCUCCUCCCCCACCACUGUAAAUAAUAAUAAUGCCACAAAUUGCAAUAAUAGUCUUAGCAACAACAACAACAGCAACAAUAACUUCAUGGCCUAUUUGCGUAAUGAUCCACGUUUUGCUCCCUAUCGUCCCACGGAACAAAAACAAGAUCAGCAGAAAUCACAACAACAACAACAACAGAAUCAACUCCUAAUAAUUCCUCCUCAACGAAAGCGAAAAAAACCCUUUCAAUUCAAAUUGUUGACAAAUAAGAAAAUGAUUUUCUUAUUUAUUGUCUGUGUUUUCUUUUCCUGUGUCAAUCGCAUUGAAGCCCGUCCAAAUUUGGAAAGUUCUAAUAAUGCUAUAGUGGGCGAAGCCUCACCUGGCAUAGUUGCUACCAGUGAUGGCGGUGCAACUGUUAAGGCCAUGGAUAAUAGUGUUUCCGGUAAAAGUAAUCUUUAA